GAGUAGGGAACCAGGAAUGGAUUCGGCUGCGCUUUGAGAAGGGCAUCACGCUCCUCCUCCUCCUCCUCCUCCUUCGGCGGGAAGCUCUGGGUCGCAGCACGUGCAGCGGAGCCUAGGCUCCUCCCCUCUCCGCCCCCUGCCCGGGAGUGGCCACACGGCUGCCUUCUUCUGUGGCCGAAAUGGCGCUCGACCCGGCAGAGCAGCAUCUCAGACAUGUCGAAAAAGAUGUUUUGAUCCCUAAAAUAAUGAGGGAAAAAGCCCGAGAGAGAUGUUCUGAACAAGUUCAAGAUUUUACCAAAUGUUGCAAGGAGUCUGGAAUCCUCAUGGUAGUAAAAUGCCGGAAAGAAAAUUCUGCAUUAAAAGAAUGCCUAACCUCUUAUUAUAAUGAUCCUGCCUUUUAUGAAGAAUGCAAAAUGGAAUACCUAAAAGAAAGGGAAGAAUUCAGAAAAACUGGGAUUCCUGCUAAGAAAAGGAUACAGAAGCUUCCAACAAGCAUGUAGGCAAAUAUUUAAUGAUACUCAGUAACUCUAUUCCUGGAAAUCACAUUUACCUAAAAUGAUGGACUCAAGGAAGUGUUUGCUUUAUCCUGAAUUAUGGGAAUAUUAAUCUUAUCUGAAAUAAAGAUUUUUUUUUAA